CCCAGUAGGCGCCAGCAGCAAGAAGAAGAAUUGUAUGCCUUUUGGUGUUCCUCGGCGGGGGAGUAUCAGGAUUAAUGCUACUGUUUGUAAUUGGCCGUAUUACAGCAGACAGGCAGAUAUGCAUCGCAGCAUCACAAGGUUUGCUGAGCACCGCUGGCAUUGUUCAGUCCGCUCUAUGAGCUCUGCAGUCAGAAAGAGGAGAGCUCUGCCCAGUGCCUUCCCAGUUUUGGACCAGCCCCUCAAGCCCAUCCACCAACACGUCUAUGAAGCAAACCUCCGAAACAGCAGCGCCUGCCUUAAGAAGUACACAGAGUUCAGUGAGAAGGUGAGGAAAGGUGGAGGGGAGAACGCCAUAGCCAGACACACUCAGAGAAACAGGAAGUUGCUGGUCAGGGAUCGGCUCCGGCUCUUGUUGGAUGAUGAAGACUUCUUGGAGCUUUCGCCUUUUGCUGGUUUGGGUCUGCCAUAUGGGGACAUCCCUUCAGCCGGCUGCCUGACUGGCAUCGGGAGGAUCAAUGGCCUUUGGUGUGUGUUCAUUGCCAAUGAUGCCACGGUGAAAGGUGGCACAGCAUAUCCAAUCACAGUGAAAAAGCAGCUACGAGCUCAGGAAAUAGCAAUCCAAAACCGCUUGCCUUGUGUCUACUUGGUCGACUCAGGAGGAGCUUUCCUGCCCCUGCAGUCGGAGAUUUUUCCUGAUAAGAACCAAGGAGGAAGAACAUUCUAUAAUGAAGCCAUCAUGUCAGCCAUGAAGAUCCCCCAGGUGUCAGUGGUGUGCGGGUCGUGCACGGCGGGUGGAGCUUACGUCCCAACCAUGGCGGAGGAGGCAGUGAUGGUGCACCGGAUAGGAACCAUAUUCUUGGGAGGACCGCCACUUGUCAAAGCUGCUACAGGAGAGGAGGUGACACCAGAGGACCUGGGAGGAGCCACACUUCAUGCCGAGGUGAGCGGUUGUGUGGACCAUUUUGCCUGGGAGGAGAAGGAGGCGUUCGCUUCCACUAGAAACAUCAUCUCCACCCUCAACUUCCAGCUGCCCGAGGAGGAGGAGACGAAGAGGAAAGCAGAGGAGGAACCGCUGUAUAGUUCAGAGGAGCUUUUGGGGCUUGCUCCAAAGGAUUAUAACUACACUAUAGAUGUUAAACUGGUAGUCAGUCGACUGACAGACGGGAGCCGAUUCCAGGAGUUCAAAGCUCGUUAUGGAACAACACUCGUCACAGGCUUUGCCAAGAUCCAUGGCCACCUGGUGGGGAUAGUAGCCAACAAUGGAGAGCUGUCAUAUGAGGCCGCACUGAAAGGAAGCCAUUUUGUCCAGCUGUGUGACCAGAGAGACAUCCCACUGCUCUUCCUCCAGAACACAGCACCUUCAGCAGCACGAACACUGAACACAAAACAGGCAGAGAUAAACACUAACCGUCUGAAGGCUCAGGGUUCAAUGAUGUCUGCAGUGGCAUGUGCCUCUGUCCCCAAAAUCACUGUAGUGAUUGGUGGUUGCCACGGUGCCGACAGCUAUGCUCUGUGUGGACGGGCAUUUGAGCCUAAUUUUCUGUUCCUGUGGCCCAACGCCAGAGUGUCAGUGACCGCUCCGGGUCACGCCGGCUCUCUUCUUCUACUUGACGGUGAGCAAGAGGAAGAGCAGAAGAAGCAGGAGGAGAAACUGAACAGGAGGCUAAAGGAGGAGAGUUCAGCCUUCUUCUCCUCUGGCAGGCUGUGGGACGAUGGAGUCAUUCUGCCUCAGGACACCAGGAAGGUUCUCAGAGACUCCCUGGAGAUAAUCAAACAGCAGCAGUAUCAGCUGUCCACAGAGAAAGCGCCAUCAGCAGUUCUCCGUAUAUAGCGGCUCCUGUCCUUAUCCUCCACCUUCUCGAACAUGAUGAACAUUUGUCCAUCACCUGGAUUUAGCUGCUGCUGCUUUAGGAACAACAGUAAUGGAGUAGCAAUUUCAGUGCACCAUUUUAGUCUGCUGCUUGACUACUACAUCAAACAAACAAUCCACCAUGUUGUCCAGUGUGGAGAUAGAACCUUUGGUGCACAGUGUAUUGUAAUGCAAGGAAGUACUAUUAUUGUUUGUCCAAAACAACCACAUUUUUGAGGGCCUAAACAUGCUCAAAAGCUCAGAAAAAAAAUGCUCCCACAUCAGAACUGGUGAGCAAAUGUUAUAUUUUAUAGGAAAUGCAAAUGUGUCUGUGUGGGGUUAGACUCUCUGGUCACCUCUAGGUGGAGGUAGACACACGUAUGACCAUUCAUUCUCCCAUGGGCAAACACACUCACAUCUGCAUACUAAAAAAAAAAAAAAACCACAGAAUGUAUGAAAAUCAAUUAAAGGCUCAAUUUGGCUCCUACAAGUAAUUCAUGUUUUGACUUGGACUGGAAGCAGCUUUGAGGAAAAUUAUGAAAGUAGACUCUGAUCUCUACACACUUACAAUAAAACAAUCUUCAGUGUCUUGAGCAGAAACUUCAGGGGCUCUGAUUUUUUUAGACUUUUGAUUUUUCAGCCAAAUGAUGGCUUGUCUUACUGAUAGUGACAGCUAUUUGUACUUCUUGUUGAGAGUUGACCUCACCAGAUUCCAAAUGCAAAUACCACACUUGAAAUAAAUGCUAGACCUGAAUUAAUGAGGGAAUAACACACCUGAGCAUGAAACAACUGAACAGCCAAUUGUUCAAUUACUUUUAGUCCCUUAAAAAGGUGGAGGGCACAUAUAAAAUGUGUUGCUUCAUUUCAAAUCCAUGGUGGUGGUGUGCAGAUCCAUGCUGAAAACUGUCCAAAUAUUUAUGGACCUGACUGUAUGUGUAACAUUUACUGACAUUUUUUGCUCUUCAUAUGUUUUUACGAGGAUAACUGUGUCCUGUACAUGUAGGCAUUGAGUCAAAAAAUGCCACAGAGAGUCCUGGAAAAUCCUACAACUGUGUCUCAUUAAGUUUUUUUCUUCAUCCUCGCUUUUACAUGCAGUCUCAGAACUCUGAAGGUUCACUGAAUCUUGGCCAGCAGACAGUCGUCCACUGCUGCACCAUUGGACCUUUAAUGUGUCUCAGUGCCCUUUUGUCAACUAAGAUGUGAUUAUUUUAUAAUUACAAAUGCAAUGUAAUUAUUCUAAUGUUGUUUAUUUGUAUAAAAUACACAAAUAUUUUAAAUCACCAAACUAGUGAAUGUUUUUUACUGUGUCUCUUUACUCCACUGAGUAUUGUAUUUGUCAUUUUGAAUGAGUAAUUAAAAUUUCACUGCAGUUGUUUAUGAUGAUGUUAAAGCAUUGUCUGUUCAGGUUCCAUCUUUGAAAAGCACAAAUCUACAUUACUGUGACAUUUAAUAGAAGCUACAGAAUAAGA